UUGCAGCUUGCUCUGUCCUGUGGGUGGGAGGAGAAAUUAUUCUCUUGUGGAGAGCUGGGAGGAUUCAGGCUCGGAGUGAGAGCACAGACUUCACUUCUCCUCGGUCUCUGAGUUAAAUCUAGCCCUUGCUGUUGAGCUCCGUCUCCUGGGAUAUUGCAGUCUAUGUGUGUGAGAGAGAGACGGAGUGGGGGCGAUGUGUUGCCGCGAGUGAGGAGUGGAACCAGUUGAGAGAACGCAGGGUCUGCACUUAACACUCAGAGCUGGAUUACAGGACAAGCACUGAUAGAAAAGGCCCUUUCAUUAAAGGUCUUGAAGAAUAAACAAACUGUUCGAUGAAAUCUUCCAAUCACAACAGCCCCAUGCUGAUGGUUACAACCUCCUUCUCCAAACCCAGGCAGCAGUAUGACCUCGUCAACUAGUUAAAAGAUGCUGCCUGAUCUGCUGUGCUUUUCUAGCAACACACGCUUGACUCUGAUUGUCAGCAUCUGCAGUCCUCACUUUCUCUCUUUCUGACCAGAACUGGACACCGUACUCUAGGAAAGGUCUCACCAAUAUCCUGUAAAUCCUCAGCAUGUCAUCCCAACUCCUAAACUCAAAGGACUGUUUGAUGUGAAAGGCACUAUGUAAACGUCAGUGAACUGGCAAACUGACAACGGGCUAAAACUAAUCUCCGAGAUUACCCCUCUGUUCCUGGGAUCAAUCUGUCAUGAAGGAGAUGUGAAAAGAUGGCUUCGCGAAUCCUCUGAGCACCUUGCAGAGUGAGAAAGAUGAACUGGAAACCAGAUUGUUCCAAGUUCUUGCACAUUUUCGUGUUUCUCGUGCUCCUGUUAGUGGGUUUUGUGAUGUUCAUCCAUUCUGACCUUUCUCUGAAGGCAAAUUUACAUUACAGUGUGGAAGCCAAACCAAGUUGCCAGACUGGGUAUUCAAGUGCAUGCACAAAGCGGGUAAUAGCCAAUUUUACCAGAAACACUCAGUUAUUCUUGAGUUUAAAUGAUAUAUGGUGGAUUCAGAAAAACCCUGCGGUCAAUGAACUCCCUUAUGGAGUUAAAGGGAGUGAACAAUCUAUUAACAAGAUAUUGGCCAGAAUACAGUAUGAUAUGCCUGAAAACAUAAGCAGUUUGGUUUGUAAGAGGUGUGUUAUUGUUGGCAACGGGUACACCCUGAGGAACAGCUCACUUGGAGAAACCAUCAACGAGUAUGAUAUUGUUAUUCGAAUAAACGAUGCUCCAGUGCGAGGCUACGAGAAGGAUGUCGGCAGCAAGACCACUCUGCGGUUCUUUUAUCCCGAGUCAGCAGCCAAGGAUCCAAAUAUCGAAAAUAACCCGAGCACACUGCUUGUGUUUUUACCCUUCAAGCAGGUGGAUGCCCAGUGGCUGAGGGAGAUCGUGUACGAUGAGAAAAGAUUUCGGAAAGGAUUCUGGAAGUCUCCGCCCUUGAUUUGGGAAGCAAAUCCUUCGAAUAUCCGGAUCCUUAAUCCUUAUUACAUCCAUCAAGCUGCCACCAAGUUAUUAAACAUCCCUCUGAAGUUGCCUCCCAAGUCUAAGCAGAAACCAGUACACCCCACCACUGGUCUUCUCGCCAUCACUGUGGCCCUGAACUAUUGCGAUGAGGUGCACAUUGCUGGCUUUGGAUAUCCACUAACAAAACAAAGCACUCCUAUUCAUUACUAUGGCAAAACUACCAUGAAAGAAAUGGCUAACUCUGAACACAAUGUCACACAUGAACAGCAAUUUCUGAAGAGACUGCUAGAUGCUGGGGCAAUUAAAUACCUCACUGCUUUGGAAUAAUUGUUUUAUGAAUGGCAACUUUUGUUUAUAUUCUCUUUUAAUCACUGGUUGUGGCGUAUCCUUGGCUACUGGAUAUUUUAGUGAGGAUGGUCACACCCUGUUCUAGUUUAUGCAGGAAUGCGGAUGGAAUAAUCAUUGCCCUUGGUGCGGGAAAUUCUCUAGCAUUGUUGAAAUCAUCAUAACUAAUGCAUGAGAUUCUAUUCUGCGCUGGCGUGGCUGCCAACCAUCAGGCACCACUACAAAUGUUAAACAAGAUUAACUGGCUAAUAUUUCAAGAUUUAAUUCCAGAAAUGCAAACUCUGUCUUGUCAAACAUGCAAGAGAAAUAAUUCUUGCUUCAAACUUCUUGACUUUAAAAGCUUGUGUAGAUUGUAAUUGGAUAAGGAACACAUAAACUUAACUAAAACCUUCACCAUGUUUUAUUUUGCCAGACCAACGGACGUUGACUCUCAUUGUAAAUAAUUUUGUUCCUUUCCCUCUGAUUUAUGAAAUCUGUCUUAUUGCUCCAGGGAAGAAAGAUAUGAGUCAACAACAGCAAUUCUUUUUGUGAUAUUCCCACAUCCACCAGCUUACUUUUUUCCACUCUGGCAUGUCCUUCCAUCCAUGGCGGCCAUCUUGAAUUAUCCUUGCUCCUCCAGAACCAAGAUUUGAGCUGCCUCAUGAAAAUUCACACCAGAGAUUUGAAUUACUAAUUUCCUGGCAUUUAUUUAUCAUUGCCUUGGGAAACUGUACUGUGGGUCUGUCGGUGUCACAUUGUAUUAUUUAGACCCAGUUUACCUAGUCUUGAUUUGGCCCAUGGUGUAGGGGAUCUGCUUUCAAGAGUCAAUUUUUAGCAUGAGGGUGGAAUUCUGAAGUUGUUUCCUACUGCAAGGCAGCCUACACUGGUGGCAUAUAAUGGUUGCAUCUCACCUGAGCUCUCAGCAUUGAGAAAUUGUUGAACUUUAUAAGUGUUAAUGCAAAUUUUCACUUAAAACUGCUACUCCAGCAUUAUUGGUGGGAGGAAUCCAUUCCAGGUCUUCUUUUUAAAGAAAAAUCACCAGUUGCUCAUGCAUAACAACGCCAGAUGGGCAAUUGUAAUGUUUGCCGAGAGCUUUGUACAGCAUUGCAGGCAUUUUAAUAUUUUUGAAUGGAACCUACUCUAUUAUGUUCUACCUCUGCAAUGUAUUUGGAGAUUCUCUUUUUUUAAAAUAAAAAUGAAGCUGAACAUCCAUUUUUUUUUCCAAAAUGGAAUUUAGACAGCAUAAAAAUAAUUCAGGUCUAGAUUUCUUUGAACAGUGUAUUGAAGAAAAUUGUCUCCAGUCUGAACCUUUGAAGGUUAUUUCUGUUGUCCUAAUAAAGAUGUCACAUUUUUAAUGAAGCCAAGGAUUGGGAUUGUACUUUUUUAAUCCACUCCAUCUUUUGAAGGAGGGCUCCUGUAAUGAGAAUGUGAGAUAAUGGAAAGAAUUGUCUUGUUUUGGCAUUGUGGUCGAAACUUCCAUUGUGCACCUCAAGGAGGUCAUUGGAGUUUUAAACACCAUCGUCUCGCCUUCCAACUUGUUUGCCUCAUGGUUUCUCUGCCCUAAGUACUUUAGUGCUCUUUAGAGCACUUUCUGUAAGAUGUACUAUUUUGCUUUCUGCUGAGGAGUUGGCCAACAGAAGUACUUGCGCUACCUACAGCCUUCAGCAUCCCCAGCUCCACACUGUAAUGAAUUUUAUCCAGCAAAUACACAAAGGUAUAUUGAAAUCAGAGAACUUUCUUAAACUUCAUCCUUCUUCAUCAUGAUAUAGCUUGAAGUCACAUGACACUAAGUUGUAGUCCAAUGAGUUUAUUUGACAUCACAAGCUUUUGGAGCACUGCUCCAUCAGCUGAUAAGGGACGGCAAUGGCCUAGUGGUAUUGUCACUAGCCCAUUGAUCCAGAGACCCUGAUAAAUUCCAGGAAUCCAAAUUCGAAUCCUGCCAUGGCAGAUGGUGGAAUUUGAAUUCAAUUAAAAAUAGUCUGGAAUUCAAAAUCUACUGAUGACCAUGAAAUCAUUGUCAAUUGUUGGAAAACCUAUCUGAUUCACUGGUGUCCUUCAGGGAAGGAAAUCUGCCAUCCUCACCUGGUCUGGCCUACAUGUGACUCCAGACCCACAACAAUGUGGUUUCCCUCUGAAAUGGCCUAGCAAGCUAUUCAAUUAUAUCAAUCACUCCAGCAUGGCACCUCCUCACCAUAAUGAAAUCUACUAUAUUGUCCUUAAACUGACCUUUGGGGUUUCCUAAAUGCGUUUGACGUCUAGUGUACUUAAAAGGCUGGGGUCAUAUUGAUUGAAAGGUUAGCAGCCUUAAGUUGUUAAUUAAAAUGCUGGGCUUUAGUAGACAAUACUUGGUUAAUAGAAUCAGAAUAGAACUGCCGGUGAGCUUAGCUGGAGAAGCAGUAGCUGUAAAGAUUGCAACGACAGCAGUCUCGAGGGCGUGAGAGAAACUUUAAAGUACUUUAAUCGCAUUUAUCCCAUUUCCUACUGUUAAAACUACCCAUUAUUUCCAAAAUCUGACUCAUUUUCGUGAUAUUUAAGGAAGAAAGCUCUUGUAUUUCCCAUUCUUGUAGGUUCUGAGGAAAUGCUUUUCACUUGAACCAUUCUCACUGUGAUAACACCCAUUUUCAAUUGUGAUACAACCUCUUCUGAAGCCUCCUUAAAGGCUUCUAUUACUGCCAUUGGUUUAUCAUUUCACUUGCAACAAUUUGCUUUUAUAUGCCUUGUCUUCUGAAACGAAGAUAUACUUUGUCACUUUUAAAUUCUAAACAAUCAUUUUUCGAAACCUAACAAACAUCUGUCUGUUUGUUAAAGUCACAAUCUAUCCUAUUCCUCUAGCUUCCCCGUGAGAAUUUCAUAAGCUAACUUACUGACACACUGUUCCUGGGAAAUAUUGCUCAAGUUGCCAGAGCUUGUGCCUCUUUGACUUCACAUUACUGUCCCUCAUCCUGAUAGAACAUGCUUGCUGUUCCAGAAUUCUUCUAUACGCUUGAUUUCUCUCACUGUUUAAAACUCUUUGUUCCUGCAUGUUGGCAUUACAGACUAGGCCAGCAAUUAUUGCCUAUCCCUAAUUGGUAUUAAGAAGAUAGUAAUGAGCAGUCCUCUUGGACCACUGCAGUACAUGACAGGCAUGUACAUCUGUAGUGCUCAUGGGAAGUCAUCCAAUGAUGACAAUAGAGGACCAAAGAUAUCGUUCCAAUUCAGGAUGAUGUGUAACUCAGGGAGGGGGAUGGUGUUGGGAGCUUGCAGUUGGUGUUCCCAUGCAUCCUUUGCCCAUUUCUUCCUGGAUGGUGGUGGUCGUAGGUUUUGAAGAUGCAUUGAGUGCUGGUAAGUUGCUGCAGCACAGAUGAUCCACACUGCUGCCAUUGUGCAUUAGUGGGCAAGGGAAUGAAAGCAUUGGAGGUAGUGAAUGGGUUGCCAACCAGUGAUUGCUUGAUUGCAAUGAAUUAAACACUCAUCCCAUAAUAUUUCUUUUACCCUAGUGGAUUCAACUUGUGUCUUUAUUGUCCUAUAUUUUAAUUCACAGACGUAAGGAAUAGACUCAUAAGUGUGAAGUAUUGCCUUUUAAACUUCAUAUAAUGUGAGGACUUCUGAAAUAUCUGAGAAAAGGUUUGGAGGGACAUGGGCCAGGAGCAGGCAGGUGGGACUAGUUUUGUUUGGGAUUAUGUUUGGCAUGGACUGGUUGGACCAAGGGGUCUGUUUCUGUGCUGUAUGACUCUGCGACUCUAUUAAACAUUCAUAACUUUAUCUCAUAGGAUGCUUUGCCACUUCAGUGUUGUCGUCGCCUUGUAAGAGGAGGUAAAAUAUUUCUUAGCACCUUCUUUAGUAAAUGUAGGCACUAGUUAAAAAUUUUUGGUUAAAUUAUGAAUCUAAAUAGGUCUUCCUCAUCUAAGCUAUUUGUCACUCUUUCACCUCAUAAGCUGAGCUUCUCUUUAGUCAGUUCAUGCUUUGAGUUCCUUCUCCCUUUGAGGCUCUCUCUUUCCUUAUUAUUUCAUCACUUCUGCCUUAGGAUUGCAAAUUCAAGGUUUUUUAUUUAUGUUUCUAGUUCAUACCUCUCCCUUUCUUCUUCAAGCUCCAGUAUGUUUUAACUCUAAUUUCUUUCUCUCAAGAUACUGCUCAUCCUUUUCUUAAUGCUAUAUCUGCAACUAGUCACUAACCAACAUAAAACAUCUUCAAAUUUAAAUGCUGUGUCGUUCCCUUAAUUAUGUAAGCCUUUUUGGUCCCCUCUUUCCAUUCUAUUUCCAGCUUUUCGAGCAGUGCUUCUCAAAAAUUAGUUAAUUGUCGCAUAAAUGCUAGCGUGAAAUCAUUUUUUUGGGGAGAGUAAGCUUGAGCAGUAAAUUUAGCCAAUCUGUUUUUCAAUGAGUAAAGCAGGCUACCAUGACAAUCUUAUUUGUCUUAACUUUAGCAACUCCCAAUACUCAAGUCUAUCAGUGAAUUUUAAGUCCUACUUAAGUCUCCAAAUAAUGUUACAAUCCUGGGCAAGCCUGUCAAAUUUAUGUAAGAAUUUGGUUACUUCACAGGAAUUUUUUGGUUAAGUGUGCAAAGUUUGAGAACUCAGGUGCUUCCUGAUGGAAUAAAGGCUGAAGAUUCCACAGGUUUAAACAAACAAAGGAAAUAUUAUUACACAAAAAUUAGACAAACUAUCGAUAUACAUAUGUACUAUAUGUGCACACGCACACAAAUUUAAAUUGUAGAAUUAACAUGAGGUAAACUAUUGUUGAACGUCUCUACAACAUCAUGGAGCAGAAUGGGAUGUCACUUGCAGUUGAAUUAGUCUUUUCAUUCUGGAGACAGCAAUGAAAGGGCAGGUACUCUGGUGAGAUGGCAGAACUGUCUGGCUUCCUUGGAACUAUGGAGACUUGGGAAGAGGGGUGAGGAAAGCAGAUGUUGAGAAAACUCUGGAGGUUGGUACAAACAAAAGGGAAGAGGAUAGAGUCAGUUGGCCAGUACUGUUUCAAACAGUUGUGUUAUGACCUCCUUAACUAUCUUAUAACCAGAUAUGGUAGAAAAACGUUGCUGAUUGUUUUGUACCAAAGCAUCAUCAGUACAUUGAAACUUUUAAUAUAUGAGCAAGGGCAAUAGGGUGGAAUAGGCUGAAACAUGUCGUUAUGCACUGGAUAGGAGCUCUUCACAUGGGCAGGGAGCUCCUCCAUAUGGUGCUUUGAUUGAGACACCAGCUGGAUUCAUACUUCAAGCAUUUGUAAGUCUACAUCUUACAGUGAGACUUCAAAGUCUCUGUGUGUAACAGGCUUAACAAUGUCAUGCUUUCUCAUCUUCAGAAGGUUUCUACACAGUUUGAUAUUGAACUAUUGACAAAAUGGAAUAUUUCAGGUUGGAUAUGAGUAGGUGAAAAUGUUUAUUUAAACUAAAAUAUCUGUUCCUCUUUUUACAAUGAAACUUUGAUGAUUUGCACUUAAAAGAUGUACAUUUGUUAAUCAUUAUCU